CGAAAAUCUGCUUGUGUUGCUACAGACAACGUACAAAUACCCAGCUAGAGACAAGGCUCUGCUUCCAAUUAGUCCCUUACACUUCUAGACCCCUGGGAUCGCCACCCUAAAACCAACAUCUUUCUUUGUUCAACAUCAGAUCUUUGCGCCGCCGCCGCCGCCCUUCGCCAUGGAGUACCAUUUUGUGCCUCCAGAGGAGCGCGCUAAAGAUGACAAGGGGAAUCUUUUGCCCUGGGGUUAUGUCUACAAAGAUGAAGCCCGCAACCCGCGACGACCACCUGAAGAAAGCGGACCCUUUGGCAAGAGACGAAAUGCUCGCUAUGAGCAAGCUCGUUCACGUACACGUACUGGAACACCAGCAAAGCGCGAGAAUCCCAAUGUAGCAGAGUUCGGGCGGCUGUUCGCGCAGCAACUAGAGGAGGAGAAGAGUCGCAAUACCCUGCCCAAGUCCUCGUCAUCAUCCAGCCUUGACAACCCACGAAAACAGACCGAGAAGAUUGCGACCGAGUGCAUACUUUACGGUUACAGGAGCAAGGAUGGCGAGUGGAAGGUCAUCGAUAAGUACGAGAAGAUCUCUCGAGGCUUGAUCUGUGAGGAUUAUCCUCGUAGCGACCCCAACUCGGCGAGUGGCUUCGCGCAGCUGCUUAGUGGUGGCGACGUGGUCAUCCGCCCCGAUCUGUCUGCGGAUGCGAACCGCAAAUCGAAACGGUACGCUGGAGGUUUCCACUGGAUUAAGGUGACGUUUGACUCGACGAUCGCUGCGGAUCGCGCAUGCUUCUACUCUCCCCAGGAGAUCGAUGGGCAUCUGGUCUUCUGUGAACUGUAUCAUGGCUCGGGACCUGCAGAGGAUGCACCGAUUCCUGUGGACUCAUCGAAAGCCGCCCAGUUCAAGUCAAAAGCACCGCGCACCUUGACCACCUCGCAUUCUACGACAUUUCUCCAGCCGCAGGAUAAAGAUCGUGCAGCCACAUUACCGCGAUCGUUUGCCAUGAACAACCUAUCAGGUGUAGCCGAAUCACAAGAAGAAGAGGAAUCACAAAUAUCGACAAGUACUGCAAGCUCUGCCACCGCCACGGGUUUCGAGCACCCGUCUGCCCUUCAGCAACGCAAUGUCUCCAAGGAGCCAAAACCGGAGUCUGAAUUCAUGACACACAUCCCCACAGUUCGUCGAACCAAAUUACGCCCCAUUGCAGAAGCGCUUCCGCCGCAGCCAACCGUGACAGAGCGCGUACUACGAUCUAUCCCUAUCCUCAGUUGGUUUACUGGUGAUAUCGUUGGAGAUGGGCCUCAGCUACGUGAAGAUGGAACCUUCGAUUAUGAUAAAUCUAACGCUUAUUGGCGCUUCUGGUACAUGGUGGACAUGAUUCUGGGGACCGACAUUUGUGGACUAAAGGAGGAAUCGUGAUAUCCUUCCCGUUUCCUGCCGCCGCCAUCCUCCACAUCAUUCAUCACACUUCCGAGUCCGACGUUGAUAUUCCUGCGACAGAGUGGCUCGACUCCAAAGCAAUCCAGAUAUACUCUCAUACAGCUCCUCUUCUCUAACGAUUUGAACGAGAUUCAAGAACGGGGUGUCAUGUCUAUCCUCGGAUACCCUGCCUAUGUAUGAUAACACCCUUUCAUUCCUUACCAGUCUUCAUUUGCGUCAUACCAACCCGCCCCUUGUCACCUCAUCUCGUAUCCGCGUUUAUCUUCAUGAAGCAUUGGUAAUAUGGAGAGAGUUAAGAUAACUUUGUAUUUGCAUUAUUGGCGUGAAAUACUUGAGGUUAGCUGUUAGAGAUGAAGAGAACAUCUCUUUAGUCGACAUCACAAAUUACACUACAG